AUGACGAGUGGACACGAAUUUCCGCCCAUUGGCGUCAUUCUACUUCUCAUCAUCAGCAUUAUCACUGCUGACAAGUGCGCGGAUGAGUGCACAUGCAAGUGGAAGAGUGGAAAGAGAACGGUUGAGUGUGUCAAUCGUUCGUUGAGCUCAAUACCCGAUACGAUAGACCCUGAGACCCAGGUGUUGGAUGCCAGUGGUAAUGACAUAAGAGCAUUACCGAGUAGUAUCUUCAUUCGUGUCAGUCUGACAAAUCUUCAGCGGCUGUAUCUUCGUGGCUGUCGUAUACAGCAAAUCGAUAAAGAUGCAUUUGCUGGUCUGACUAAUCUCGUUGAGUUGGACCUGUCCAACAAUCGUUUGUCGGUGAUACCGAGUGAUAGCCUGAUCAGAGCACCAUUUUUACGUGAUCUAUCGUUAUCCCAUAAUCCCCUGGAGCGUGUUGUCAGUCAAGCAUUUCGUACAACUCCAAAUCUCGUUAAGCUCGAUUUAUCAAAUGCCCAAAUAGCUGAAGUUGAGGGCAAUGGUUUUCGUGGAUUAGAGUCACUGGAGAGUCUCAAGUUGAAUGGUAAUCGCAUUGGUACCUUCCAACCUGGUACCUUCGAGCCCCUCAACAAGAUAAAGAGUGUCGAAUUACAGGAUAAUCCGUGGAUCUGUAACUGUCAUCUACGGGAGAUGAGACAGUGGAUGGCAAAGCACAACUUGCCUAUUAUCAUAUCGCCAGUUUGUCACGGUCCAGAUCAGCUUGUCGAUCGGCCCUUCACGGAGCUCGAGCUCGAUGAUUUUGCGUGCAGGCCUGUUAUGAUGAUAGCCAGUCGUUACGCUGAGGCGACGAUAGGUGAGAACGCAAGCAUCGUGUGCAGGGUAUCAUCAGUUCCACCAGCUAAGGUCAAAUGGUUCUGGAAUGGCAAACUUCUGUCGAAUCAAUCGGCCUUCAGCAGCCACCAGAAGAUCUUUAUCUACGAGGAGGGACAGUUCUCGAAACGUAGUAUGUUGAUUUUAACCAACGCCCAGGAGUCAGACUCCAGUGAGUUUUUCUGCGUUGCGGAGAAUCGGGCUGGCUCGGUUGAAGCUAACUUUACCCUUCACGUGUCAUUGAGAACAGCUGGUAUGUCAACCCUGGGAUCUGGUCAAAUCGCUGGUAUAUCAGCAGCUCUCGUCGUCCUAAUCCUCUUUAUCCUCCUCAUAAUCCUCGUUCUGUUUGUUCGGCUCCGGAGGAUGCCCGUCAAAGAGGUGAAGAACGCAACAGCUACUCUUGAGGUACUUCCAAGUGACACCAAUCAGGACAUCGGCGGGGGCUUCCCGGGCUCACCCUCAUCCACAAGGAAAGCCGAGGAAGCCGAGACAACCUUCAAUGACUCCACCAAACCAGUCUCGUUGACCCUAAACUACGUUCAACGGACGUCAGUCGAGAACAACGCCAGUGAUUACGUGUUCGAAGAAGCAAGACCGGUUAUACACGGUCCGUGCUUCUCCUCGACAACGUCUCUGGUACCCAUUGACAAUCCUGACUUGAUCAGGGACACUCGCACGUCUAUCGAGGAGCUCGGCUCCUACGCAACGGAACACCUGGGGACCAUUAUGAUGGAAGACACUAGACUGCUGUACUCCAGUCUGUGGAACACGAGGGAACGUAGCAGUCCCAGCUAUCCUGGCCCCAAUGCAAGUGGUUUUGGGACAAAGGAUAUCCCUGCGAAUCUCACACCGAUCGAGCAAUUUCCGCCCGGUGCCAAACAGCUCAGGGUUUGGCAGAAGGGCGUGCCCGUUUUACCACCUGUGUCGGCGUUGAAACGGGUCCUUGGCUCAACCAGGAGUUCGCCAGAUGAGGGCUAUCAGGAGGGUACCGGCACAGAUGUCUAG